CCCCAGCGGUUUUCUGGAGUAUCUCCUCUGCAUCAUUAAAAAAAAAUUCUCCACAGCUGAUCGAAUCGCAGAUAUGGAAAGUGCAAGUGGUACGAUCGGCAGAGAGUGAAAAUUUCCAGAUGGUGGUAAAACGGGUUCAAGCAUCUGCCUCACACGUUCGAAUAAUUCCAGAAUCACACCUAGGAGUAUCUCAAUUAGAAGAUGAUUGACCACAUCACCAUGAGCUGUUACUCCAGGAGGAUCGCUAUUUUAUUCGCUAUUUUUAUCGCUGCUGAUGGGGUGGAUAAUUACUCGGAGAUUGAUUUACCACCGGAACAUAUCAAGUACUAUUUUAAUUCUUUUCCGGCCAGAGCUAGACAGUGCCGGGAGGAUCAUCGCUGUCCUUAUAAGAAUGAAUUAAUCAAGGAGAGAUGUUGGGGCUAUGAGGAUAACUGUAAACCUGAAAACGCUUUCUCAAUUCCUCAUUGUCCCGGAGACCACAAGGGCUGGGUAGCAACGAAAGAGGCGCAAGUGGAAACAUUUUACGCCCAGGGUGAUUUUGGAUAUGUGAGGGACCAGAGACGUGAGAUGAUGGUCGUCUGCGAGCCCCUGUUCAUAGAUGAUUCAUCACUGGAAUGCUCAGAGCACCUGAGGUUCUGCCGGGGAAGGAAUAUCAUGAUUAACUUCACUAAUUUGGUGCACAGAACUGAACCAAUUAGAUAUAAAAUGGAUGUCUUGAGGGAGGGAGACAUCGGUGGCUAUUGCACACUCCAUAAGAAGAGACUGGAGGACAACGCCGAUCACAUCAGUGCACUCCAAUCCUGGGGCCCUGAGAUCCGGAACUUUCGAAAGUUAAAACGACGGCCGAUAAUCGAUGGUGACUGCGACAUUGUUGUAGAAAAGCCAACUUUCCUCAUGAAAAUAGACGCGACAGUAAACUUGUACCACCACUUCUGUGAUUUUUUCAAUCUCUACGCUUCGCUACACGUCAAUCUGUCUCACCCAACGGCAUUCAGUACUGAUAAUCAUAUAAUGAUCUGGGAAAGCUACAGCUACCGGUCUGCGUUUCAAGAUACAUUCGAGGCUUUCACGAAAAAUCCCUUGUGGGACCUCAAGACUUUUCGAGGGAAGACGGUGUGCUUCAAGAAUAUUGUGUUCCCACUGUUGCCGAGGAUGAUAUUCGGGCUUUAUUAUAAUACUCCAUUGAUUUAUGGCUGUGAAAAAAGUGGUCUAUUCAAGGCUUUCAGUGAACACAUACUUCACAGACUGAAUAUUCCACUUCGUGAAAGGAAAAGUGAUAAAAUUCGAGUGACUUUACUGAGCCGAGACACGAGAUAUCGAAGAAUUCUCAACGAGGAUGAGUUAGUAGAAGCUUUGAAGAAAAAUCCUGAGUAUAAAGUGAAAAAGGUGAUAUACAACAGAGAUGUGUCUUUUAAGAAACAACUGGACAUUACCCGAAACACUGACGUUUUUAUUGGAAUUCACGGUGCUGGGUUGACCCAUGCUAUGUUUCUACCUGAUUGGGCUGCUGUAUUUGAGUUAUACAAUUGUGAAGACGCUGGUUGCUACAAAGAUCUCGCAAGAUUGCGAGGUGUAAAAUACUUUACGUGGGAAGACGGUGAAAAAUUGGUACAGCAAGACCCUGGGACUCAUCCAGAUGGUGGUGCACACGCUAAAUUCACAAACUACAGUUUUGACACUGACGAGUUCGUGAGAAUUGUAGCGCUUGCGGCGGAGCACGUAAAGAACCAUGAAGACUUUCAGGAAUUUCUUAAUAGAAAGUCGACGGGGAUAGAGUCACGCGAAGAUGCCCCUAGCACAUCGAGACAGGAAUUAUGAAGUUUGUGGGAAGAAAUACUCUUAGCACCGAAGUUUUCUCCAGUUACCAUUUACCCAGAUGUCUUUUAAAUACUCUAAAAUGAGAAAACCAUUCCAAUGUACUGCUCAAAUGAAUCUCAAUCUCAGUCUCAACUGAAAACUCAUUAUUUUCCUAUGGAAAACUGUACAUAUCUCUUCAACCCACAGAAAUCAAUAAAACGCUCAGACUUUUGUA